AUGCGCGCCACCGAGCACGCGCCGCGCGAUCCGUUCCGCGUCCUCGAGCGUCGUCACGGCCUCGCGGACAUCGUCGAGCGUGGCGCCGUCAUCCUGGCAGAGGCCCUGUUGUCUUUGCAUCAGCGACUUGGCUUACAUUACGAUAACAUUCUCGCGCUGCAGAGCAAUCUGGCGAACACGUAUGCAAAAGUUGGACGGAUUGAAGAGGCCAUGCGCAUGAGACGGGACGUAUACUCCGAACGUUUGAAGCGCUACGGCGAGGAAACUAGAGAUACACUCAUAGCGGCCAACAACUACGCGGGGUCCCUUGGUGUUCUACGGCGCUUCGAAGAAGUCAUACCACUGUUUCGCAAAGUGAUACCCGUGGCACGACGCGUUCUUGGAGACGGUGAUGAAAUUACGCUCAAGAUGAGGAAGAUGUUGGCGGCCGCGCUCUUCGUGGACCCCGCCGCCACGCUCGACGAUGUCCGCGAGGCCGUGACGACGCUCGAAGAGACGGCAAGGACCGCGCGUCGUGUGAUGGGUGGCGCGCACCCGCUCACAACGGAAAUUGAGGCCACCCUACUAAACGCGCGAGCGGCGCUCCGCGCCCGCGAAGAAACGCAGCCGUCGCCGGGGAGUGGGUAA